AUGGUGUUGUCUUGUGUUGAAAUGGUACAGGAGCUAGCAUGGCAGCGACACGGCAGCGGCACGGCAGCGACAGGGCAGCAGCACGACAGGGCACGGCAGGGCAGCGGCACGGCGCACAGGCAGGGGCAGGGCAGCGGCACGGCAGCGGCAGGGGCAGGGAAGCGGCAGGGGCAGGGCAGCGGCACGGCUGGGCACGGCACGAGAGCGAUAGGGGGCAGGGGCAUGGGCAGGGCAGCGGCAGGGGCAGGGGCAGGGCAGCGGCACGGCAGCAGCAGGGGCAGGGCAGCGGCAGGGGCAGGGCAACGGCAGGGCCAGGGAGCGGCAGGGGCAGGGCAGCGGCAGGGCCAGGGCAGCGGCACGGGCAGGGCACGGCAGCGGCAGGGGCAGGGCACCUGCGGCAUGGGCGUGGGCAUCUGCGGCAUUUCGUCGAACACCCUAAGGGUGGUGUCGACGGCCGGCAGAGUGCGGCUUGGCGUCGUCGGCGUGGGCGUCUGCGAGCGUCGGGGUACGGCGGGGCGUGGUGAGGCGACGUCGGGGCACGGCGGGGCAUGGUGA